GAUGGGAGCAAUCUGCAUCUGAGCGAGGUCGACGACAGCCUGGGCAAGGCGCUGAGCCACAGCGGCGAGCUGGAGAAGAGGGCUCAGCACCUUCAGGCGCACUUUCAGAAAGCCAUGAAGGGCAUUGGCGACAUCAACAGGUUGUGCGACGAGGCUGACGCAUCGGUGGCGCGUAACCAGGCCCUGUUGAACCGGUCCGCACAUCGAAUUCAUGACUUGAACGAGCGCUUGCAGCAGCUCAUCCAGGCCAGCGCAGAUGGCAGGGAUUCGGCUGCAACGUCUGGAUCUGGCGCAGCGCUGCCGCAUCGAAAUGGUGUUGAAGGGCGCGUGAAGACGAAGGGCAAGCCAAGCGCAGGAGUUCGAAGGCCCCUGAACCGCCAACAUAGCAGAGAUGACUCCACCGUCGCGAGCCUCAAGCCAAACAGUGCCGAA